AGGGGGCAGCGGUGCGCCGGCGGCGGGGGGAGGCGCGGGCCGGGGCCGCCGCGGGAGAUUACUUCGAUUUUCAGCUCUCCAUGCUGACAUGGUAACUAAACGGUGGCUUUUACCAACAGGCAGACGGGGACAGCUGCUCCAGAGAGGCUAGCAGGAACAGCCUGGUAGGGUCCAUCUCGGAUAGAUGCAGAUGAUGCCAGAGCUAUGACAGGGAUUGCAGUCUUGGCACUGAGGGGUGAUCAAUUAUGGAACAACUACAGGAGGAAGUACCUGAGAUCAAGGAGGAGGAGGAGGAAGAGGAAGAGGCAGUGAUGGUGGCAAGUGGAGCCUCAGAUCCAAGUGGAGGACCAGAUAGCUCGCUGCCUUCAAGCAGCUACACAGACCUUUCACAGAGCUCCUCUCCCUCCCUGUCGGACCAACUGCAGAUGGGCUGCGAGGAGGCGGCUUCAGGAAUGCUGAACGUAGAAUGCAGGGUCUGCGGAGACAAAGCCUCGGGGUUUCACUACGGCGUGCAUGCCUGCGAGGGCUGUAAGGGUUUCUUCCGCCGGACAAUCCGCAUGAAGCUGGAGUAUGAGAAGUGUGAGCGAAGCUGCAAGAUUCAGAAGAAGAACCGGAACAAAUGCCAGUAUUGCCGCUUCCAAAAAUGCCUCUCGUUGGGCAUGUCACAUAAUGCGAUCCGCUUUGGCCGCAUGCCGGAGGCGGAGAAGAGGAAGCUGGUGGCGGGGCUGACAGCGAGUGAGAUCAGCUGCCAGAACCCGCAGGUGGCCGACCUGAAAGCUUUCUCCAAGCACAUCUAUAAUGCCUACCUGAAAAACUUCAACAUGACCAAAAAGAAGGCGAGAGGUAUCUUGACUGGGAAGGCCAGCAGCACCCCACAGCCUUUUGUGAUCCAUGACAUGGACACCUUGUGGCAGGCAGAAAAGGGACUGGUGUGGAAACAGCUAGUGAACGGGAUUCCCCCCUACAAGGAGAUUGGGGUCCACGUCUUCUACCGCUGCCAGUGCACCUCAGUGGAGACUGUGCGGGAGCUCACUGAAUUUGCCAAGAGCAUUCCCAGCUUUGUAGGCCUCUACUUGAAUGACCAAGUGACUCUGCUUAAGUACGGGGUGCAUGAGGCCAUCUUUGCCAUGCUGGCCUCUAUCAUGAACAAGGAUGGGCUCUUGGUGGCUAAUGGGAAUGGGUUCGUGACCCGUGAGUUCCUGCGUAGCCUGCGCAAGCCCUUCAACGAGAUCAUGGAGCCCAAAUUUGAGUUUGCUGUGAAGUUCAAUGCGCUGGAGCUGGAUGACAGUGACCUGUCUCUGUUUGUGGCUGCCAUUAUCCUGUGUGGAGACCGCCCUGGCCUGAUGAACGUGAAGCAGGUGGAGGAGAUACAAGACAACAUCCUCCGAGCGCUGGAGUUUCAGCUGCAUACCAACCACCCAGAUGCUCAAUACCUCUUCCCUAAGCUGCUGCAGAAGAUGGCCGACCUGCGGCAACUGGUGACGGAGCACGCCCAGCUGGUGCAGAAGAUCAAGAAGACAGAGACGGAGACAUCUCUGCACCCGCUUCUGCAGGAGAUCUACAAGGACAUGUACUAAGGACCUGUUAUUUAUGAGAGAUCGAAGCCAUGGAUUCCCAGUAAGACUCUGUACAAAAACAAAGAAAACUCUUACCCAUGUC